UUAUUUGAAACAAACUAUUCCAUCAAUCAUCACAUCUGCAAAUUCAGAACCAUUCUUCCCCACCUCUUGUGAAAAAAAAAAGAUGGAGUUAGGAAAAUCAAUUGAGAAUCAAAACAACGUUGUGGUAAGACUGGCCAAACAAGUCAUUGAUACCGAGGCCAAUGGCUCCAAUCUUGUCUUUUCACCGAUGUCAAUCAACGUUUUGCUCAGCCUCAUUGCCGCUGGUUCUAGCCCCAACACCAAAGAAGAAAUCCUUUCAUUCCUCAUGUCACCGUCAACGGAUCACCUUAACGCAGUCUUGGCCAAGAUCUCCGACAGCGGCCCCGAGAGAAGUGAUUUGUGCUUAUCUGCGGCUAACGGUGUCUGGAUCGACAAGUCUGUCUCCUUGAAGUCUUCCUAUAAAGAGCUUUUGGAGAACUCCUACAAGGCUACUUGUAGUCAAGUUGACUUUGCAACCAAGCCUGGUGAUGUGAUUGAUGAAGUGAAUACAUGGGCGGAAGUCAACACCAAUGGACUCAUCAAAAAAAUUCUAUCACGUGAUUCUAUCGAGACUAUCCGUAGCAGCACACUUAUUCUAGCAAAUGCAGUGUACUUCAAAGCAGCAUGGAACAGAAAAUUUGAUGCAAAUUUGACAAAUGAUAACGAUUUCCAUCUUCUUGAUGGUAACACAGUGAAAGUCCCAUUCAUGAUCAGUUAUGAGGACCAAUAUCUUAGAGGCUACGAUGGUUUCCAAGUUUUGCGCCUCCCUUAUGUAGAGGAUCAACGUCAAUUCUCAAUGUACAUUUAUCUUCCUAAUGAUAAUGAUGGGUUACCUGCUCUCCUUGAGAAAAUAAGCUCUGAACCAGGAUUUCUCGAUAACCAUAUUCCACUCCACCGUAUAUCAGUAGAUGCUUUCAGAAUCCCGAAGUUUAACUUCUCUUUUGAGUUUAAAGCUUCAGAUGUUUUGAAAGACAUGGGGCUGACUUUGCCUUUUACUUCUGGAGGUAAUUUAACUGAGAUGGUUGAUUCGCCUUCCAAAAGUGAUAAACUGUACGUCUCAAGCAUUCUUCAUAAAGCUUGCAUUGAGGUGGAUGAAGAGGGAACCGAAGCUGCAGCCGUCUCUGUUGGCGUCGUAAUGCUCAUGUGUUUGAGGAGGAAUCCGGAUUUUGUAGCUGACCAUCCAUUUUUGUUCACGGUGAGAGAAGACAAGAGUGGAGUGAUCUUGUUCAUGGGUCAAGUUCUUGAUCCUUCUAAGCAUUGAUUGAAACUAUGUGGUGUGAUGAGCUAACUAAGUCUCUUUCCCGUUUUAAACUUUUUGCAUAAUAAUAACAGAGCUUUGUUCGGGUUCAAUUAUGUAGGAACCCACUCUGCUCGUAGUGUAUUUUGAUAUAACCGCUUCAACCUUUCUGUUAACGGUAAAUACCACAUCCGCUUAUGUGGAACAGGAACCCGACCGCCAGUUUGUUGAUAUCUUGGUUUACGACAAAAUCGACAUCUAGUCCGAUUUUCGUCUUCCCUCCAAUAAAUCAUGCAAUUGUCUUCGCAUACAUCUAUCAUCUGAUACGGCAAACCAAGACUGGCAACUAACUUCUGAAUCUCAUAAUAUGUACCUGGAAAUUGAUUAUCUUCAGGCAAAAUAUCUUUUACAAAAUCUGUAAUCGCAUCCACACAUUCCUCAGCCAAAUUAUAGUCCGUCUUUAUGGUCAUCAAUCUGCUUGCAGAUGAUAAAGCCGAAUGACCUGCUCUACAUCCUCCAUAUAGUGGUUGUUUAGCU